AUGCCACCAUCGCAAGAAGGAAUCCGGACGGACGCACAAGCCCCUCCUCUUCCUGCAUCCGCUUCUGCAUCGAAUCCCGUCAGCAAUGAAGCGCAAGCUGGAAGAUCCGAAUUCUGGAAUGUGACUCCUUCGAACAGUCACACCGUCAGCACAGCCAACACGGCUGCUCCGAACCCAGCACACUCAGCAGCCGAGCUCGACGUCCUCUUGGCACCGUCCGUGCUGAAUCACAGAUACGUUCGUGGCGUGGACAAGAGUCUCAUCGUCGAGAGACCAGAGCGAAUCCGUGCAGUCCUGCUCGGCAUCGCCACUGCCAUCGGCAAAUCGUCCACCACUGAGCAGCAUCCGCCGUUACCCACGUCCGUCUCCAACAACGCCUUUCAAACUUCGCCCACGCCAGCAUCGAGGUGGAGCGGCGCUUCCGCAAGCGACGCUUCUGUGCCACCACUGCCAUUCAUCAAAGCGCCGGCGCAAGGCAAUGACGACGAUGAUCUGGUAGCCCGACUCAACUCCCUCUCCGUACAGGGCGAUGCGGCUCAAGCAACCUCAUCGCAAACGCAGCAAAAGUUCCGCGUCCUCCAUUCGACAAGAUCUUUGCCGCUCGACCCGCCUCAUCCCGCCGUAGCUUUCGCCCAUGCCCAUUCGGACGAGCUCGUGACUGUGCUGGAGAGCGCGUAUGACCAAGCCAAGCAGAAACGGAGAGAUGCGCGUGCUGCCAUUCCCGAACCUUUGCAGAUCCCAGCGGCGAACCUUUCCAACCCUUCGCUGUCGAACCCGGAUCACGCCAAAGCUGAAAGAGAGGCAACACCCACGCCCUCCUCCAUCAUGACCGAUCCGCAGCAGCAGCAGAAAGAUGUGUUCACCGGCGCCUCUACACCGCGCACGUCGCAUGCGGCCUACCUCGAAUACCUCUGCAGCCGAGCACCCAAUCAUCCGCCAUUCUCACAUCGCAAACCACAACAUUCGUCGCCGUCGAAGGCGAUACCGGAAGACAGCGAAGCGUAUACCUCUAGCGACGGCGAGGGGGACGAUGCUAUGCAUGUCUCCGAGGUGCCCGAACACUUGCCGCAGGGCGACUUGUACCUUGCAGGACCAUCGAAGGAAGGGAGCUUGGAAGGAGGAUCUGCUGAAGCCAUUCGACACGCCAUGGGCGCUUGUUGCGAGGCGGUCGACCGCGUCGUUUGGGCAGCCGCUUCCGCCAGCUCGGGUUCGCAGACCCCAACAGCGCUCAAAGAGAUCACCUACGAAGGCGUGAGCCAGCCCGACUCGUCGACUCACGCCAACCCACCACCAGCCAAACGCGCCUUCGUGCUCAGUCGACCGCCAGGCCACCACUGCUCCGGCUCCACGCCUCAGGGCUUCUGCUGGGUCAACAAUGCCAUCGUCGCAGCCGCCCACGCCUACCUCACACACGCCGUCGACCGCGUCGUCAUAUUCGACAUCGACCUGCACCACGGCAAUGGCACCCAGAACCUUGCAUGGCGCAUCAACGCCGACGCCAACAAGCACGACGACCAGCGCGCCGAACGCAUCUCGAGCCUGCGUGCGGCUGCCCUCGAGCGAGCGCGGCAGGCCGUGGGGAGCGGCAGCGGCCGUGCCCACGCCAGCAGGAUUGCAAAGGUGGCACUGUCCGAGCAGGACGAGACCGAGGUGAAGCGUCAAGCAGGACCGAGGGCGUUGAGACUCUUCUACAGCUCGCUGCACGAUAUCGAGUCUUUUCCCUGCGAAGACGGCGAUCCGAGCAUGAUCAAGGAUGCAAGCACUUGCGUUGAGGGCGCGCACGGACAAUGGAUCUGGAACAUCCAUCUGGACCACUACCGCUCCGAGUCCGACUUCAAGCGCCUCUACGACGACAAGUACAAGAUCCUCUUCAGCAAAGCCGCGCGCUUCCUCUUGGCCACCUCCGCCACCCCACAAUCCACGCUCAUCCUCAUCUCGGCUGGAUUCGACGCCUGCGCCUACGAAUAUCCCGGCAUGCAGCGGCACGGCAAGCAUGUCCCGCCGUCAUUCUACCACACGUUUGCGCGAGACGCUGUCGACUUUGCCGAUGCGCACGGGCAGGGCAAACUCGUGUCGGUGCUCGAGGGUGGGUAUAGCGACCGGGCGUUGUGCUCGGCUGCAUUGGCGCACGUGACUGGUCUCGCCGUCGGUUCGACGGCCUCGCAGGCAGAGGAAGAGGCGGAAUACUGGAAAUUGGAGAACCUGAUCGCGGUUGAAAAGGUAGCGAAGAAGAUGGCCGCCCACGCCGCCGCCGCCGUCAGUACUGGGGCGAGUGGCGCAGCGAGCACGAACACCACGCCCAAGCGCAGGCAGGCGGAAUUGGCACCCUGGCUCUCGCUCACCUCGAAGGCGUUUGCGGCCUUCGAACAGGCAUGCGGCAAAGACGUCGUGCCGCUCAACGCGACUGCUACGCCGUCGCGGGCAGCAACGGCGGUGCGGUUGACCGCAGAUACGAGCGCCAUGAACAGUCCAGCAGGGAGGGUGCUGAGGACGCGCAAGAGCAGGGCCAACUUUGGCGAUGUCACGACGACACCGCAGGCGAGACGCGCGGCUAGCCCGACGAAGCCCACGCCUGCGAGAGGAGCGGGGGUGUUGGCGAAGAAGGAGUCUCCUGCGAGGGCGAGGGCGGGUGCAGGGCCGUUCGGUGCGCCUGUGACGCCCGUGAAGAUCGAGGUGAAGGACGAGGGGGACAUGUCGAUGGACACGGAUACGCCGACGCGUACGAGUGCGGGCGUCGUGGUUGGUGCAAACUUGUCCUCGCCUGUGAAGAUUGGCCAGACGACAGACGAUGUUGCCCAAGAAACCACUCCACAGGCCCAGCAAGCUCCGCAGCAACCAUCGCACACGACCGAUCCUACCGAUACCGGCGUCACGCACACAACCGCGAUCUCCGAGGCAUCCUCUGCGACCGGCAACGAUUCACCUUCGCCUCACAAAAGACCGGCGCACAUCUCAACUCAUCCGCCUCCGCCAACCAACUACAUCGGCACAGCAUCCACCCCGCAAUCGCCCAUGCUGACCUCUGCGCCCGUGACACUGGUCGACGCGCUCUCGGCGCCCCAACACCGCGUGGUGGACGCCAACACGGCGCACUACGCUUCUGCGGACGUUUUGGGGCUGGAUUUCCUGCGUGCGCAAGCGUUCCAGUUCGCCAACGGUGAGGCUGGGGAAGAGGAUGCGCCGGGCUCACCCGAUCCCGACGUGCCGCCGCUCGAGGGCGGGGCGGUGGAAGGAUACUUUCCUCCCGUCAAGGAGGACAGGGCCAUGCCGGGCGGUCUGGGGACGUUUUCGGGGAUGAAUCUGGAUCAGGCCACGCUGCAACGGGUGAAGUCGAGGGAUAGCGAUGGCGGAAAGGGGCUCUAUCCACACUUGCCCGGUUCCUUCGCUUCGCCCGGUCGCAGACAAUGA